CCGGGUUCUCCGCUGUCCCAGGUCCUGGAGCGCUCCCGCCAGGCAGGUCCCGCUCCCGCCCCGCUGGCCCCUCCCUGACUGGCCGGGCCCCGGGGGAGCGUGAGGCCGGACGCUGCGCUCGGGGCCAGGCGUCCGCGGGGGGCUCCGGCGGAGUCCGCUCCCUACUGCUCCCGGGGCUACGUCCCCGGAGACUUCGAGGGCGACGGCUCUGCUCACUCCUGCCUGGGUGGCUUCUGCUGGCGCUCCUGUGAGAACAUGGUGCAGAAGUACCAGUCUCCUGUCCGCAUCUACAAGUACCCUUUUGAGCUGGUCAUGGCGGUCCUGACAUGCCGCUAAAUGUCAAGACGCUCUGGGCUGGCCUCUCUGCCUCCGAGUCCCUCCCUGAAGCAUCAAAGGCACCAGCUGAUCCUGGAAAUUUGUGGGCACAGAGUGUGUUCAGAGGAGGAGAGUUUCCUCCACCCUGCUCCCCAUGCGUGGGCCUACGAGAAGCGCUUCCCCACCUGCCCGCAGAUCCCCGUCUUCCUGGGCAGCGAGGUCCUGCGCGAGUCCCGCAGCGCCGAUGGGGCGGUGCACGUGGUGGAGCGGAGCUGCAGGCUGCGCGUGGAGGCUCCCCGGCUGCUGCGGAAGAUUGCAGGCGUUGAGCACGUGGUCUUCGUGCAGAGAAACGUGCUGAACUGGAGGGAGAGGACCCUCCUCAUCGAAGCUCACAACGAGACCUUCGCCAGCCGCGUCGUGGUCAAUGAGAACUGCAGCUACACGGUCCACCCUGAGAAUGAAGAGUGGACGUGCUUUGAGCAAUCUGCCUCACUCGACAUCCGGUCCUUUUUUGGCUUCGAAAGUGCCCUAGAGAAGCUUGCCAUGAAGCAGUACACAGCCAACGUCAAGAGGGGGAAGGAGGUGAUUGAGCAUUACCUGAACGAGCUCAUCUCCCAGGGCACCUCUCACAUUCCCCGGUGGACACCUGCCCCCGUCCGCGAGGAGGACGCCCGCUCCCAGGCUGGGCCGAGGGAUCCUGGCUCCCUGGAGGCUGACAGGCCCUGCAGCAGCGGCCCAGGUCCUGCUCCUGAGACAGUCAUUACAGACGGGGACAAGCUGGAUGCAGACUACAUUGAGAGGUACCUGGGCCGUCUCACACCUGUGCAGGAGAGCUGCUUGAUCCAGCUUCGGCGCUGGUUGCAGGAGACCCACAAAGGCAAGAUUCCCAAAGAUGAGCACAUCCUUCGGUUCCUGCGGGCUCGGGACUUCCACCUGGAUAAAGCCCGGGAGAUGCUAUGCCAGUCCUUGAGCUGGCGAAAGCAGCACCAGGUGGAUCUGCUCCUUCAGACCUGGCGACCCCCUGCCCUCCUGGAGGAAUUCUAUGCUGGCGGCUGGCACUACCAGGACAUAGACGGCCGCCCCCUCUAUAUCCUGCGCCUGGGCCAUAUGGACACCAAAGGCUUGAUGAAGGCCGUGGGGGAGGAGGCUCUGCUGAAGCAUGUUCUUUCUGUUAACGAGGAAGGACAGAAGAGAUGUGAAGGGAACACAAAGCAGUUUGGCCGUCCUAUCAGCUCCUGGACCUGCCUGGUGGACUUGGAGGGUCUCAACAUGCGGCACCUGUGGCGGCCAGGGGUGAAGGCCCUGCUGCGCAUGAUCGAGGUGGUCGAGGACAAUUACCCUGAGACCCUGGGCCGGUUGCUCAUCGUGCGAGCCCCUCGUGUCUUCCCGGUGCUCUGGACGCUGAUCAGCCCCUUUAUCAACGAGAACACCAGGCAGAAAUUCCUCAUCUACAGUGGCAGCAAUUACCAGGGCCCCGGAGGCCUCGUGGACUACCUGGACAGAGACGUGAUCCCCGACUUCCUUGGGGGAGACUGUGUGUGUAAUGUCCCCGAAGGAGGGCUGGUCCCCAAGUCCCUCUAUCUGACGGAAGAGGAACAGGAGCACACGGACCAGCUACGGCAGUGGAGAGAGACCUACCAGUCGGCCAGCGUGCUCCGAGGGGCGCCCCAUGAGGUUGCAGUGGAGAUUCUGGAGGGGGAGUCAGUCAUCACCUGGGACUUUGACAUCCUGAGAGGGGAUGUGGUGUUCAGCCUGUAUCACAGCAAGCAGGUGCCCAAGCCUGGCCCCCAGGAGCCUGGGGCCAGGGCUGGCGGGCAGCUGACGGACAAAGGCUGGGUCCUAGGUGUGGAUUAUAGCCGUGUGGAGGCCCCUCUCGUCUGCCGGGAAGGGGAGAGCAUCCAGGGCUCCCAUGUGACCCGGUGGCCUGGCAUCUACUUGCUCCAGUGGCAAAUGCAUAGCCCCCCUGGCAAUGUGGCCUGCAGCCUGCCGGGUGUGGAGGACGUCCUGACGGCCCUGCAUAGCCCCGGUCCCAAGUGCAAACUCCUCUACUACUACGAGGUGCUGGCAUCUGAGGACUUCAGGGGCUCCAUGUCCAGCCUGGAAUCCUGCACCAGCGGCUUCUCCCAGCUCAGCGCCACCACCUCCUCCUCUUCGGGCCACUCCCACAGCAGCCCCCUGGUCUCCAGAUAGCUGGGACUGAGCCCUGUGGGGCAGCCCUUUGGGGCAGCCCGCUCGCCUCUCACGUCUGCGAGUGUCCAGGGGGUCCGGGACCGUGGGGGGCUACAGCCCAGGGAGUGGACACUAAGUUGGGGCAUCUGGAACCAAUGGCAAUGAUCCAGCUCGUGCACUCUUGAGGAUGCAAGGACAGAAUUACCUCCUGUGGGCUUCCUGUAAGGAAAAGCCCAGGAGCAGGUGGGUCUGCUUGGUCUGGGAGCUCAGGAAUGUCAUCAGGCCCAGCAUCCCCUCUCCACCUCUGGCUCUGCUUUCCUCUCCUUCUCAGGGGCCCUCCCCAUGCAGGGGGCCCCAUCACCGUUAGGCUCCCCCUUUCCCACCAGCUCAGCUGCAGAAGAGAACCUCUCUCCCACAAAGUCCCAUCCGAGCUCCCAGAGUUGAGUCUAAUCAGCCCAUCUGGAUCCCACACUGCACCAAUGACAGUUUCCAGGAGACCCGAGAACACUGAUUGGCCAGCAGGUCCUGUGUCCGAUCUGGACCCAUCACCAUGUGGGGAUGGGGUCUCAACGAUUGGCCCACCUGGACCACAUGCUUGUACCUGAACUGGUUUGCAAAGCAUAAAGGGGUUGCCUCUAGGAAUACUGGGGUACUCCACAAAAAGAAGAGGGAAAGAACUCUGGGUAGGCAGAAAUGACUGUGCUCACAGCUGAUUCCUUAACGAUGUCCUGUAUCUCAAGACAUGUGUGUCCCAUGACAUGCAUCAUGAGCAUUUACAGGAGUUACAGGCUUCACUUUCUGUGGGGAGCAGCCCACCUGGACCGGAAAUCCAUUUUCCCAGCACUUGGCUAGGAAGUCAACCUGACCACCGCUGACUUGAGGAGGGUAGAGAGGCCCAGGCAGUGACGAAGUGGCUCUGGCUGUCUUUAAACUCCUCUGGAAGCCCUUUCCUUUCCUUGGAGCUGUUUGACUAUGACUUUUUUGGUUGUACGUCACAGAGACUCACACAAAAGGGUAACAAGUCAUGAGUACGUGUAACUGGCCAGUCUAGGAAUCCUUGCUUCAGGUAAGGCUGGAUCCAGGAUCCAGUCCUGGCAUCAGGACUCCCCUGUGGGGAGGAGGAGGUUAUGACUCUGUUGUGUCUACCCCGGGGCAAAUAUGACCCCUGGAACCAGCUUCAAUAUUGACAGACUUUCCCUAAGUUCCAGAUUUUUGGGUAUCCUUGGAUACUUCUUUCCUUUCCUGGGCUUCCAAAAACACAACAAGUCAGAGGUUACUAACUGGCAGCCUGCAGUCUGAUCUGGCUUUUGUUUUAUGCCUAUAGAGAGAUUUUUGAAAAAUAUUUUGUUUACUUAACAGAGGGAGAGAGCGAGAGCAAGCACAAGCAGAGGUAGAGGCAGAGCGAGAGGGAGCAGCAGGCUCCCCGCUGAGUAGGGAGCCCAACGUGGGGCUCGAUCCCAGGACCCCAGGAUCAUGACUGGAGCCAACUGCAGAUGCUUAACUGACUGAGCCACCCAGGUGUCCCGCCUAUAGAAGGAUUUAAAAACGGGCAUUUCACACAGAAAUCAGGCUGUCCGGCUUCCCUCAGGCAUUUGGGACUGUUGACAAAAUGGGGCCACUUUUGCCAUGUAAAGGCAAUACAACUGUGUCCCUGGAUGGGACCACCCCAAAUCCUCACCUCUCUAUCAACCAGUCCACCUCACUCAGUCACAUUAUCUGGCUGGGAGGGACCUCACUGAUAUGGCUCUGUCAGUAGCAGCCCCAGGUGCCAAGUGGGGCCAGAUGGUUCAAUGUCAGUCUUCUUUCAUAGCCUUGCUUACAGCUGAGGUCAUCUCUGGUCAAUACCCAGAGUUACGGGGCCUUGCCCAAGGAGUAGGUUUACAACCAUGGGCUUCAUGCUUCCAUGCAGUCUCGGCGUGAUGGAGCAAGGAGAGCAAGGACUUCCUUGCAUACCAACCUCACCCCAAACCUGGAGCAGAGGGAAGGAGUUAUUUUGUCAGAGACAUCUUUCUCCUUGCAGAGAGGGAGUCUCAUCCACCUGUUUGCUCCUCAGGUACAGGAACAAAAUCCAAAACUGCAUCCAGCAUCGAGGUGUGUGUGCACAUGAGGUAGACAGGGGGAGCCUGGAGACGUUCUCCAAGUGAAUUGCCCCCACGUCACCAGGUAUUUAUCAGUCAGGAUUGUGAGAUACUUUCACCAGUCUUUAGAUGAGUUUCUAGCUUGCUUUCUAAAACCCAGGUGUGCCCUAGAAGCAUUCUGGGGUAAGCUGCCCUGGCACUCCCCACAUACUAAUCGCAUUAAUUGUCUAGGACUAGCACCAGGGAAGGAUGGAGAAGCCUUUCCUUGACUUGGGAUUAUACAUGGCUUGGCAACUGGAACUUGUAUCUGCUGUGAACAGUCCAGCCUCAGACUCUCUCAGUUCUCCCCCUGAGAGCUCAUUCUUUCUCCUUUAAGAAAGAUCUAGCUCAAACUGACUUAGGCAACGAAGGGACUUCCAUUGGGAUGGCUAAGGGCUUUCUUGCUGCAAGUAUGGCUGGAUCCAGGAGCGUGGUGUCCCCAGGCUCGUGUGCUCAUCCUCUCAACCUCACCCAGGCCCCUUGGCUCUGUAUCUCUUCUCACACUGGUCUCAUCCUCUCCUCCACCCAGUGGAAAAGGUGGCUGCCAGCAGCCCCAAGCCUACAACCACAAUCUCUAAGGCUCAGAGAAUUCUCUUUCCAUCUCAAAUCCCACAGAAGGCUCUGACUGGCCCUGUUUGAGUUGAUAGGUCGCUCCUACAGAUGUAUUGGCCAAGGGGCUGUGGGUCCUGUGAUUGCCAUUUCUUCCAGAAACAACAGUGGGAUAGGAGAGAGCAGGUCACCCCAGGACAAGGGAGGCUGGGUCACAGAAGCAGCAAAUAGCCAUGGCGGCAUCUGCUGCCAUCCCCCUCCCUUGCUGGAGGUCUCUGGGGUCUAAGCUGAAGCUCCAUCAAUCAAUAGGUCUUUCCUACCUUUGGGAGGCGUGAAAUUAAAAAUCCAAGGAAGGGCUGCCAAGUUCCUGGCUUCUGUAUUUCCCUAGACCUCAGGGUUGGAAGCCCCUUGGCUUGGUGUUUCCCCAUCUUGUUCAUUAACCUGUUGUGACCAGGACAGAAACAACCCACAAGCCAAAGGAUCCUGCCCAUGCACUGUGUUUUAGGAGCUUGGGUCUUAAACUUUAGAUGGGGCGGGGUUCAAACCCCAGCCUUCUUUUCACUAGCUGUGUAACCCCCAGCAGGUGACUUAACUCCCCCGUGCCUCAGUUUCCUCAUCUGUAAAAUGGGGAUAUGCCUACCUCAUUCACUGGGUUGUAGUGGGACGAAUGAGAGCAGCUGUAGAGUCCACAACCCAGUGCCCAGCACACAGAAAGCACGUGAUAGGGGUAGCCCUGGUGGCGCAGCGGUUUAGCGCCGCCUGUAGCCCAGGGCGUGAUCCUGGAGACCCUGGAUCAAGUCCCACGUCAGGCUCUCUGCAUGGAGCCUGCUUCUCCCUCUACCUGUAUCUCUGCCUCUCUCUCUCUCUGUGUGUCUCUAUGAAUAAAUAAAUAAAGUUUAAAAAAAAGCACAUGAUAAACGUCACAGGUUAUCCUGAUGAUCGAAGGCUUCCCAACCAAACACUCCAGACUCCUUCCUGAGGAUGCCCGCCUGUCACUGUUUCUCAUGGGACAGAAGGCUCGGCACCACGUGCAUCUGGAGGAAAGUGGGUGUCAGACUAUUCCUUCCCUCUUACUUUCCCAUUUAGAAACUGCUUGCGUUUUUCUGGGCAAAUCCACUAAUCUGGAAGAGCAUCAUUCAGAGUGGUUAUUUCCACUCUCUUCCAUUCUCUGGCUAGAGGAUGUUCUCUGUACAGGCUGAAAUAAGGGGUUUCUGACAACUUCUUCCCCCCACCCUGCACUCUGGAAUAUAUUGCUCCUCCUGUAAAACGAACUGUUGGAUGAGAAUACUGUAAUUCUGUUCCCCGCACUCGAUUUCAGCCAGUAAAACAUGACGUUCCCUAUUUGCCUGAUCAUUUGCUCCAACCGAAAGCAUUAAACGUUUCAAGUGUGGAUGUA